AUGCCUUACUGGUACUAUGACAAGAAAGAUCUCCAGAACACGCCGUCGUUCAGAGAUGCCAUUACUACGGAGACAGAGAACCGAUACAGGAAGGAAGGCGCCAGGUUCAUCAUUGACACAGGCUCGAAGAUGGACCUAGGUUAUAACACAGUGGCCACUGGAGUUGUUUAUUUCCAUCGCUUCUACAUGUUCCAUUCGUUCAGAACAUUCCCGAGGUACAUCACAGCUUGCUGUUGCCUCUUUCUAGCGGGAAAAGUAGAGGAGACGCCAAAGAAAUGCAAAGACAUUAUAAAAGUUGCCAAGUCUUUGCUUACGGAACAGAAGUUUGCUAGUUUUGGAGAAGAUCCCAAAGAGGAGGUGAUGACUUUAGAGAGGAUCCUGCUGCAGACGAUCAAGUUCGACUUGCAGGUGGAGCACCCGUACGGCUAUUUGUUAAAGUACGCCAAGUGUCUCAAAGGCGACAAAGCCAAGCUACAGAAGAUGGUACAAAUGGCGUGGACAUUCGUUAAUGACAGUUUGUGCACAACAUUAUGUUUGCAAUGGGAACCUGAAGUCAUCGCAGUAGCACUAAUGUUCCUAGCAGGGAAGCUCAGCAAGUUUGAAGUCCUAGACUGGAAUGGAAGAAAUCCUAAACACAAUGCCUGGUGGGACAUGUUUGUAGAAGACAUUACAAUGGAGCUACUUGAAGAUAUAUGCCAUCAAGUGUUAGAUCUGUACUCUCCUCAACCGCAGUCAUCGGGCGGCGACUCCCCGCCCGCUCCCUCCCCUGCCAAGCAGCCAAAAAACGAGAAGAAGCCCCCCUCCAUUACACCGCCCACUUCCGCAUCACCAGUCGCCGUUGUCGUUUCUAAACCAAUACUGACCCCGAUGAAGAAUGGUGCAGAUAUUAAAAUAGACCCUCCAAAGAUGGAGCCCAUAAGAUACACGUAUCCAGCGUAUCCAGGGAUGCCGGCCUACCCUGCAGUAUACACAGCGCCGCCGCCCUCCAUCCCGCCACCGCCGAGGCUGCCGUUGACUGGGCCGCCGCCCCCCUCGCUGGUGUACGCGGAGCCCCCACCGGCGCCUCCGCCCCGCUUCCCCCCGGUGAACGUUCCUCCCCCGAACUACUUCCCCCCACUACCAGGGCGUGGGCCCCCGCCCCCUGGCCCCCCGCCGCGGCCCUACUACCCGCCGCCGUGA